UGGGGCUGCUGCCUGCUGCUGUGCUGCGCUGCAGCCAGCAAGCUGGAGAUCUCCAUGCCAGCCGUGGUGGAAGUGGAGGUCGGGGGCACAGCCAGGAUCGAGUGCAACUUCUACACCCCUGAAAAUGCUUCCUACACCUACAUCGACUGGUUCUACGUGAAUAGACCGCAGCAACAAGCAGGUGAGGCUGUUCCACAUCACGCCAGCAAGACCGUGGAGGACAACACGGACUACAAGAACCGGGUGUUACUGGGGCAGGACAAGGCCCUGUCCAUCAGUGCAGUGACAGUGCAGGACGCCAGGACCUUCGUGUGCCAGGUUGGAGCUGGCAGCUACGGUGUGGGCGAGAACAGCACUGAGCUCAGCGUCUACAAGGUCCCCAAUAACCCUGAGAUCAAGCCCAGCUCAGGAGGCAUCUCUGUGCACAGCCCUGAAAUCCCAGAGAUUGCCAAGUGUGAGAGCAAAAACAGCUUCCCACUUCCCAACAUCACAUGGCACAAGAACGGGGAGGAGCUGCACGACCAGGAGAACCAGGUGAUGAUCAAACCGACAGUGACACGCGAGUCGAGCGGGCUGUACACGGUGAGCAGCACGCUGUACGCGCCCGUCACCCGCGACGACCGCCUGUCCCAGUACCACUGCACCGUGCACUACUGGCUGCAGGGACAGAUCCAUUCCCUGGAGUCACAGAAGGUCAAGGUCAACAUCUUCUACCCUGUUGAGACCCUGAAGCUGCGUGUGUCGCCAUCUUCGGCGCUGGUGAAGGAAGGGGACAAUGUGACACUGGUCUGUGAGGCCGACGGGAAUCCACCGCCCAUCUUCAGCUUCUUUAAGAAAAACCUGGAUGAGUGGCAGGAUCUGUCAUCGCUGGCAGAGCCCAACAGCGGGGUCCUGAACCUGCCCGAAGUGAACAAGAGCAGCAGUGGCACAUACAAGUGCCAGUCCCUGGACCUGGAUGAUAUGACAGAGAAAGAGGAGGCUGUGGAUCUUGUUGUGAACUACAUUGAGGGGGUCCAUGUGAAGAUGGAGCCGUCCUCAACUGUUCGUGAAGGGGAGAGUGUGAAGCUGAUCUGUGAUGCCCACAGCCCCGUAAGCCUGCGGUACCAGUGGAGGGAUGAGAAGGGCAAGAAGCUGGUGGAAGGGAGUCAGCUCUUCCUGAACAACCUCACCUUCGAAACCUCCAACACCUUCAGCUGCAAGGUGAUGGCCCCGAGCGUGCCAGGGCUGGAGCAGAGCAAGAAAGUGUCUGUGGCUGUCGAGGGGAAGCCUCGGAUCGUGGCCAUCAGCUCCCCGCUGUACGUGCGCCAGGACGAGGUUGUCAACCUGACCUGCAAGGCCAUCGCCUUCCCCCGGCCCACUGUCCACUGGAGCAUCAAUGGCACGGCUCACGAGUACAUGGACAACCAGCACAUCGCCAGCAACCUGACGGUGAGGGUGAGCCACGACCUGCUGCAGGCAGGAGCCAUGUGCCGGGUGUCCAACAAGCUGGGUGUCAGUGAGAAGCACAUCCAGCUGGUGGAUCAAAAGUCAACAGCAGAGAGCCAAGGGGUGAUCAUCGUGGCCAUCAUCGUGGCCAUCCUCGUGGUGGCUGUGCUGGGCGCUGUCAUCUACUUCCUGCACAAGAAAGGCAAGAUCCCGUGUGGCCGUGCUGGGAAGCAGGACAUCACAAAGCCAGAGGCCCGUAAAGACAAGAUUGUAGUUGAAGUUAAGUCAGAUAAACUUUCCGAAGAGGCGGGGCUCCUGCAGGGCGCCAACGGCGAGAAGAGAGCAGCAGCUGACCAGAGCGAGAAAUACAUCGAUCUGAGAAACUAGAGAGGAAAUCUCCUAAGUGCUUCUUCCUUCAAACCUUUCCUGCUCUUGGAUUGCCUUCUCCCACCCCUGCUCCAGCCCCUGGGGAGCACGGCCAGAGACCCCCCCCCCCCGUGUGUCGCCGUGCUGGGCGUGCAGGGGACACCUCCCUGACUCACCUGGCCAUUACCUCAGCCCUGGGCUUGCAGGUGUUGCCUUAGCAGCAAAGCUGGACUCGCUUUACUACUCCAGAGAAGCCACGGCAAUAUUAGGAAGAACUAUAUCCCAUUAAUCCCUACUUGGUGGAAGGAUUUGAGGCUUUCAGGUAAUCUGUUCUGUACAUGUUGUGGGAAGGUUUUGAUGCAUUGUUUUUACCCUGACCUUGCUCAGAGAGGCUGGUGAAAUUUGUUUUUUGGGAUGUCUGAGGCACCUUAGCUGUAGUGGGUGCAGGUUGGAGGAGAGAGGAGUGGAAGGGGUGUGUGUUAGAGAAGUGUUUGCAGCUCUAAGAGGUUUUGAGUGCUUUGCUUUGUCUUUGAGCUGCUCCUGGGUCAGUUUAUCCCAGCAGUGCUGUGAUCCCACAGGAGGAGAGGACCUGGCAGAGCAAGGAAGGGGGGCCAAUGUCCAGAAAGGUUUUAGGGUGUGUGGUUUUGGAGCUGUGCUGACCCGAGGGGCAGGGCUCCCCUCUCCCCUCUGAAUUUGGUUUAUUGUAUUGCCCCAACAGGACCCAGAGCUCCCAGAGAUUUAAAUUCAAUAUUAGACAGGGCCAGUCAGUGACGUCUCAGGGUUUUUUGUGCUCAGCCAGUGCCAGCCCCAGGUCAAACUGCUCUCUGUGCUUCACUGGCACCUCUGGCCCCACGGUGAGCAGGGGAGAUGGACAAGAACCUGCCAGAGCUUCUGUGCCAGCCCUCCCCUGCCUCAUCCCAGAGGGACCAGCCCCUCCUGAGCUCUGCUGGCCACUUUGUCCCCUGGGUGUCCCAGCCCUGACCAGAGGGGAGCCGUCCUCGCCUGCUACACGUGGUGUCCAAGCAAAAGCUUUGGUUUAUAUAUAUAUUUUUGUUGGAUUGUGUGUACAUUUCCAGGAGUUUUAUUUCGGGUUUGUUUUUGGUUUUGUUUUUUUUUUUUUUUUCCUGUUUUGUCCGAUACUUGCAAGGUUUUUUUUUUUUAUAUAUGUGAAAAUAAAGUACGGAUUCAAAGCUGA